AUUCACGAACGGCGCGCCCUCUCACAACAUUGAAGCGAGCGCAUGGAGUCCACAUGCGCUGAUGCGCUCUCUACAAACUUUCCUUUCUACGAAUAGAGUAAAACUAAAGUUUUAAAAUUGAAAAAUUUUAACAUUAAAGACACUUUUUUUCUUAUAAGUCAGGUUCUUUGACGGUAGGAAUAUAAGAGAAACUAGAAUACUUAGUCUCCGGUCUGUAUACCGGGCCGUGAUCUUGAUGACAUGGCCUCGGGCUCCGUGGCCCAGACUUUCGGCAAGUCAACUCAGCCGACAUCACUCCGAAAGGCAAUCAACGAGGAACACAUUCUCCUCAAGCGAGGCAUCGUGGUCGGGGACCUCCUUGGAGAGGGAUCCUACGCCUGCGUCUACUCCGGCUACCUCGAGAAGGAGAGGAUAAAAUGCGCCAUCAAAGUCAUCAACAAACGAAAGGCGCCCAAGGACUUCCUCCAGAGGUUCCUCCCGCGGGAGCUGGAGAUCCUGAAGGCCAUCAAACACCCGAAUGUCAUCCGCUGUUAUGAGAUAGUGGAGAUUGGGCCCAAGGUGUACAUCUCUAUGGAGCUGGCCGGUCAUGGGGAUCUUCUGGAGUACAUCAAGCUCCGUGGAGCUCUGACGGAGGUGAAGGCCAGGGACUUCUUCCGGCAGCUGCUCGAGGGAAUCUCCUACCUUCAUGGCAAGAAUAUCGUGCACAGGGAUCUCAAGUGCGAGAAUCUUCUACUGGACGCCCACAACAAUAUCAAGAUCACUGACUUUGGCUUCUCUCGUCUGAUCACCAAGAAUGACCUCAGUAAGACCUUCUGCGGGAGUGCUGCCUACGCUGCUCCAGAAAUCCUCCAAGGGAGACCGUACCAAGCAUUCCUGUACGACGUGUGGAGCAUGGGGGUUAUUCUGUACAUCAUGGUGACCGGCUCCAUGCCGUACGACGACUCCAACGUCAAGCGGAUGGUCAGAGAUCAGACGGACAAGAAGCUGGGCUUCUCCCGCUCCAAACAGCUGACCCUGGACUGCAAGGAUCUCGUCUUGAGAAUGCUGACACCAGACCCGGCACGGAGAGCCACCCUGUACGACAUACACCACCACAGCUGGAUGCAGGAAUCCAAGGGAGCGUCACCUCCGAGCAUGUCCAAGGAGAACUCUGUGGGGGUUGAGCCUGGCAACACCAAGCAGUCAUCACCAUCUGCGUCUGACGGCCCAGGACACAACUCCUCUGGCAACGAUGAGCAGGUUAUCCAGACAGUCGAUCAUGAACAACCGCCGACACACAAAGAACGCGCCCCUUUCAAUCCCAAAUUCCUCCCAAUUUAAAAUUCGACGGACCCUCAAGUAUAUUCUUUUUGCGCCGUUAUUUCAAUAUCCUAAUCAGAAUUAUAGCAUCGUGUGAAAUAAUGUAAAAAAAAAGUGAAAUUAAACAUCUACUCUGGUCAUCUCACCAAACAUACUGAACCAGUCUUAAUUAACAAUGAGCGCAGCCCCAUCACCGGACAGGAUGGUUUCAAAUGAACCGUGAACCGUCUUGCCAGGUAUUUUUGUUUUAUAUUAAGUUUACAUGUACAAACUUCAAACGUAUUUUAAUGAACAAGACAAUGCUACCAAACUCAAUUAACUAUUACAAUAAAUAGAAGCAUGACUUCUACCAGUUGAACCAAA